GCUUCCGGGGCGCACACCGUCUCCUCGCCGCCACUGGCAGCCUCCAUUUUCCUAGGCCCUGCCGUGGAGCAUUUUGGCGGAUGUUUUUGAAUGAAUGAAUGUCACGGAGCUCUUCCCAGCCCCCGAGCCCCCAGCCCUCCGCGGGUGGCGUGACCUAGUGAGAGGGGCAUCGCGAUUGGGAGACCCGGGUUUUCCCUACGACACUGAAAAAGGACGGCAUUCCCAAUGUCCCAGUUUAAGCGCCAGCGGCUCAAUCCGCUUCCAGGGGGUCGUAACUUCUCAGGUGCGGCUUCAACAUCCCUUCUGGGUCCCCCUCCUGGUUUGCUCACUCCUCCGGUGGCCACGGAACUGUCCCAAAAUGCCAGACACCUGCAGGGUGGCGAGAAGCAGCGCGUUUUCACUGGCAUUGUUACCAGCUUGCACGAUUACUUUGGGGUGGUGGAUGACGAGGUCUUUUUUCAGAUAAGUGUGGUGAAGGGCCGGCUGCCCCAGCUGGGUGAGAAGGUGCUGGUGAAGGCUGCAUACAACCCAGGUCAGGCAGUGCCCUGGAAUGCUGUCAAGGUGCAAACACUCUCCAACCAGCCCCUGCUGAAGUCGCCAGCACCUCCCCUUCUGCAUGUGGCAGCCCUGGGCCAGAAGCAAGGGAUCUUGGGAGCUCAGCCUCAGUUGAUCUUUCAGCCUCACCGAAUUCCCCCGCUCUUUCCUCAGAAGCCUCUGAGUCUCUUCCAAACAUCCCACACACUUCAUCUGAGCCACCUGAACCGGUUUCCUGCUCGGGGUCCUCAUGGACGGUUGGAUCAGGGCCGAAGUGAUGACUAUGACUCCAAGAAGCGCAAACAGCGGGCUGGAGGAGAACCUUGGGGUGCUAAGAAACCGAGGCAUGACCUGCCUCCCUACCGGGUCCAUCUCACCCCCUACACUGUCGACAGCCCCUUCUGUGACGUCUUAGAACUCCAGCGCCGUUACCGCAGCCUCCUGGUCCCCUCCGAUUUCCUGGCCGUUCACCUGAGCUGGCUGUCAGCCUUCCCUCUGAGCCAGCCCUUUUCCCUCCAUCAUCCGAGCCGAAUCCAGGUAUCUUCUGAGAAGGAGUCAGUUCCAGACGCUGGUGCUGAGCCUGCCCCUUCAGACAUCGACCCUGCGUAUAGUUCCAAGGUUCUGUUGCUCUCGUCCCCGGGAUUGGAGGAGUUGUAUCGUUGUUGCAUGCUGUUCGUGGAUGACAUGGCCGAGCCUAGGGAGGCCCCAGAGCACCCUUUGAAGCAGAUUAAGCUUUUGCUGGGCCGGAAAGAUGAAGAAGCAGUGCUGGUUGGGGGUGAGUGGUCUCCCUCCUUGGACGGCCUUGACCCCAAGGCUGACCCGCAGGUGCUAGUCCGCACUGCCAUCCGCUGUGCGCGAGCUCAGACGGGCAUCGACUUGAGCAGCUGCACAAAGUGGUGGCGCAUUGCUGAGUUCCAGUACCUGCAGGCAGGGCCCCCCCGGCGGCUCCAGACAGUGGUGGUGUAUCUGCCAGACGUCUGGACCAUCAUGCCGACUCUGGAGGAGUGGGAGACCCUGUGCCAGCAGAGAGCUGCAGAGGCAGCUGUCCCGCCUCAGGAGGCACCCUUGGAAACAGAGGCUCCUGAGCAGGCUGUGGAUGCAUCAGAGCAAGCGGCAGACAGCUCGAAGCAGAAUGCAGAGAACCCAGAAGGCCCCGGCCAGCAGGAUGCAGACACUGACCUCCCAGAGGCCCCCCCACCGCCCUUGGAACCUGCCCUGGUGGCUCGCCCAGGUUGUGCAAACCUCUCUCUCUACGGCAUUGUGGAGGACCGGAGGCUGAAGGAAAGGGUCUCUUUCGAGGUGAUGGUGUUGGCUGAGCUGUUUCUGGAGAUGCUGCAGCGGGAUUUUGGUUACAGGAUUUACAAGAUGUUGCUGAGCCUUCCUGAAAAGGCAGUGACACCGCCUGAGCCUGAGAAGGAGGAGGCAGCCAAGGAGGAGGCGGUCGUCAAGGAGGAGGCGUCCCAGGAGCCCAAGGAAGAGGCACAGAAUGAGAGCGUGGCCGCUGAGUCAGAUGCCCCCCUGAAAGAGGACGGCCUGGUGCCCAAGCCCCCAUCUUCUGGGGGCGAGGACGAGGAGAAGCCCCAGGCCGAGGCCUCAGAUGACCUUAGUGAGAUGGCUCUGGACCCAGACCUGCUGCUCCUGCGAGACGACGGAGAAGAGGAGUUUGCAGGAACAAAGCUGGAGGAUUCGGAGGUACGGUCUGUUGCCUCAAACCAGUCGGAGAUGGAAUUCUCUGCGCUCCAGGACAUGCCCAAGGAGCUGGACCCCUCUGCUGUGCUCCCCUUAGACUGUCUGCUUGCUUUUGUGUUCUUUGAUGCCAACUGGUGUGGCUACUUGCACCGGAGAGACCUGGAGCGGAUCCUCCUGACCCUGGGGCUGCGGCUCAGUGCAGAGCAGGCUAAGCAGCUGGUCAGCAGGGUGGUGACCCAGAACAUCUGCCAGUACCGGAGCCUGCAGUACAGCCGCCAGGAGAGCUUGGAAGGUGGACUUCCCGAGGAGGUGCUCUUUGGGAACCUGGAUCUGUUCCCUGCUCCCGGGAAAAGCCCACAGCCAGGUGCUGCCCCUGCAGAACACGAAGGCCUGGUGUCCCACAAUGGCAGCCUGAUCAACGUGGGCAGCCUGCUGCAGCGAGCGGAGCAGCAGGACAGUGGGCGGCUCUACCUGGAGAAUAAGAUUCACACCCUGGAGCUGAAGCUGGAGGAGAGCCAUACCCGGUUCUCAGCCACUGAAGUGACGAAUAAGGCACUGGCAGCGGAGAUGCAGGACUUGCGGACACGGCUGGCUGAGGCUGAGGAGACAGCCCGGACCGCUGAGCGACAGAAGAACCAAUUCCAGCGGCUGUUACAGAACUUCCGACGGCGCCUGACCCCUCUGCAGCUGGAGAUGCAGCGGAUGGUGGAGAAGGCCGACAGCUGGGUAGAGAAAGAGGAGCCAGCACCUACCAACUGAGGGGCCACGCACAGGAGCUGCCAUCCUGUGAGGUCAGCGAUGGAGUCUGAGAGUUAGAGCCCUUUUGGUAGCAGAGAGCCGCUGGACAGGACAGAGGAGCCAUAGGCAGGGAGGUUGGCCCAUGGGCUCAGCCUCUUUAAGGGGGCCAAGCCGUCAGGGUGGGACCGAGCAGUGAGGAACCCCACCCGGUUCCAGUUACUACUAAAUCCACCACUUUUCACACCCUAGAAUGUCAUUUCGCCCUCUCCCCUGGCCUUUCUCCUGGGACCUUUGAGUCUCAUGCUGACUUUCUUGUGCCCUCUUCCUGUUUAGAAUCAGUGGGGGCGGAAAAGGCUUUUCCAGUAUGUCCACAGACUGAGGAAACAGGGAAUGUGGCUUGGGGUUAAGAAGAGCCCUGUAACCUGGAUGGACAGACCCUGCUAGGCGGCAGGAGCAGGUUCUUGGGGAGGAGGCCUGGUGAGGUCACCUCUGGAUUGGCUGUGCUAAGGGCUCAGUGCUGGGCUCUGCUGCCUGCAGGGCGCUGUGUCCCAGCCGUCCCAGACUUGCCGGAAGGAACCGGCACCUCCCCCUAGCCCCUGGUUCUCCCCGUGUUCAGAAUGUGGUAUUGGCUCUGGCCUGGCCUUUCUCCCUGUUACCCGUAAUUCUCACCUCUUUCCAUAAUCCGUGGUUUCAGUUUGACUUUAUAUAUAAAGGUUUUUUUUUUUUUGGCUUUUUGUUUUUUAAAUAAACCAAAGUCAAAAACAAAUCAAGUGUCCUCCAUAGCUCUUCCCCCUUUCCUCCUCUGGGUUUGCCUGUCCUCCCUCCGUCAUGCUGCCAAGCAGCAGCAGCGGGCAGGGUGGGGCGGGCAGGCAAUGAGAGCCACCUUUGGGCCAGGCCAGGGUUGUGGGUGGAACAGAGUUAUAGAUGCCCUGAUAGCUCAGCAGGUGGCAGCAGCAUCCAGGAAAAAAAUAAUUGUUUUUUUCCUUCCUCAAUUUUAACAACAUAUGGACAUUUUAUUGGAAACUUUAUUUGAAAAAAAAAUAAAAUUGCAAAUUUCGGUGAGAGACAAA